AUGACAGACGCUGCCUUACCUGAGUUCAACUACAUAUUUGCAAUCGCGGUGAUAUUUGCAUUCUUGGAUGCAUUCAACAUCGGUGCAAACGAUGUUGCCAACUCUUUCUCGUCAUCUGUGUCCUCACGGGCUCUAACAUAUUGGCAAGCAAUGAUUCUUGCCGCAAUUAUGGAGUUUCUGGGCGCUGUUUUGGCAGGAUCUAGGGUCUCCGACACCAUCAGAAGCAAGAUUAUUGAUGUGCAGUCAUUUGAAAACGAUCCGUCGGUGCUAAUGCUUACCAUGGCAUGCGCGCUAGUUGGCUCGUCAAUUUGGUUGUCGAUAGCAACAUCCAUCGGGAUGCCUGUUUCGACUACUCAUUCCAUUGUGGGAGCAGUGAUUGGAGCAGGAAUCGCUGCAAACGGUAGCGACCAUGUCGAAUGGGGCUGGGACGGAUUUUCUCAAAUAGUUGCCUCGUGGUUUAUUGCUCCUGCUAUCACCGGUGCUCUUUCGGCAACUAUCUUUCUGAUCACCAAAUACUGUAUCCUCGAAAGGAAAAAUAGUAUUGCAAAAGCACUGCUUUUUGCUCCUGUGAUUGUGUUCAUAUGCUUCUCUAUCUUGACAAUGCUUGUUGUGUGGAAGGGAGCACCGAACUUGAAGCUGAACAACCUGUCAACUGGUGCAACCGUCGGCUCAAUCUUUGGAGUCGGUGCAGUUGCUACGCUUCUUUACCUUCUUUUCUUCCAUCCUUAUUUCACCAGGAAGUUGGUGUACGAGGACUGGACGCUCAAGUUCUAUCAUGUUCUUGCUGGACCAACAUACUACUUCAAAUCAACCAAAAACAUUCCACCAAAGCCAGAUAACGUGGAACUUGUGAUUGACUAUUACCGUGGAAGAAGAGCCGAAAUUCCAGUCGUUUUGACCGACGAUGAAAAAAAUGCUGGCGACAGUUCUCCGCUAGUUGAGUCCCAAAUAAGCAACAUUGAUCCAUCACCACAAACCCCAGACGAUAUUGGAUAUUUCGACUAUGUGACACCAGCAGAAAGAAAGCUCUGGCGGAGCAUGAUUCUCAAACCGAAGCACUGGAUCAAACUCUUAUGGCUGCUACUGACUCAUGGUUGGAGACAAGACGUGAUCAGCAACCAGGCAAAUGCAGGUGGUGUUCUUGGACACGGGGUUCAAGAUAUGUACACCAAGUCAAAAUUCUACGACACAAAAACGGAGCAUGUGUUUUCCUUAUUGCAGGCUUUCACCGCAUGCACAAUGUCGUUUGCGCACGGAUCCAAUGACAUUUCCAAUGCAGCCGGCCCUCUUUCGUCUGUCUACAACAUUUGGAUGACAAACACAGUUGGCAGCAAGAGCGAGGUGCCAAUUUGGGUUCUCUGUUUCACUGCCGGAUCGCUUGUGCUUGGAUGCUGGAUGUUUGCGUACAAGCUGAUGUCAAACCUAGGAAAUAAGAUGAUUUUGCAAUCUCCAGCAAGAGGUUUUGCAAUUGAGUUGGGAGCCGCCUGUACGGUUGUGAUGGCUACAAGACUUGGAAUCCCAGUUUCCACCACCCAGUGUGCAGUUGGUGGAACGAUCUUUGUGGGUCUGUGCAACAUGGAUGUGCGUGGUUGCAACUGGAAAAUGGUUCUUUGGUGCUAUCUUGGAUGGUUCGUCACGUUACCUGUUGCAGGUCUCAUUGCAGGACUUAUCAACGGAAUCAUUUUGAAUGCUCCUCGAUGGAGCUGA